CCGCUUGCCGCCUCUGUUCCGCCUUGCUGUUCCGUGUCGAUCACUCUGUCUGCUCGGCCGGAUGAUAGCGUGGCCGCGCUAAAUGUCGGCGAUGUCCUCAAGCAGGCGGUCUCCCCAUUCCCCGAUCAGCUCAAAAUCACUCACGUCAACGCCCAAUCACUCCUUUGUCACAUAGAUGAGUUCAGGUGCACUUUUAGUGAUUGUGUCUCCGACAUUAUACUUGUUUCUGAGUCUUGGCUUAAGCCUGCCAUCCCAAAUCGACUUGUUGCACUUGAUGACUACAUGCUCAUUCGUAAUGACCGCUUGCACAAAAAUGGCGGCGGGGUUGCCGCGUACAUUAAACGUGCUCUGCUCCCUGUACAUAAACUUUCGUCCGAUAAUUCUCGUGCAUCAAGGCCUGAAUAUAUGUUUUUUGAAAUUAAGAGCAAUGGCGUCAAAAUGUUGAUCGCGGUAUGCUACAGGCCGCCUCACAUUGGCUUCAUGUCUGAGUUUGAGGAGGCACUUUUAGAGCUGCUGGUGCCCUAUGAACAUGUGGCUAUCAUGGGUGACUUUAAUACUGACUUACUUGGACCUGACACUUAUGACAAGGUGCAACUGACUACUAUGUUCUUUGCGAAUGGUAUGACCCUGCUGCCUCUCCAAGCUACUCACCAUACAUCCACCUCGGACACGCUUCUAGAUCUCGUAGCCGUCGCUGAUAAAAAAUCCGCUGUGAGCCAUGGGCAGAUCCCUUUCCCAGGACUUUCAGCACAUGACUUGAUCUACCUUGUUUACAACAUUAAGCGACCUAAACCUAAACCGAAAAUGAUUACCUACAGAGAUUACAACAAUAUUAACCUUCCUAAUCUAUUUAAAAAUACAUUUGAUCUUGAUUGGCUGAGCAUUUUCAAUACUAAUGAUGUAAAUCAAAUGUCGAACAUAAUAAAUGACAAUAUCCUCUUCCUUUAUGAAAAACACGUCCCUCUUAAGACCCGCAGAGUAACCAGAGACCCAGCUCCAUGGCUCACUGAGGAAAUACGUCAUUUGAUGCGUGAUCGUGAUUAUUGGUGUAAGAAGGCUAGGCAGUCUAAGAUUCCUGAUGAUUUUAAUCGUUACAAGCGCUUACGAAACUCGUGUAAGCAAAUGAUCAGGAACGCAAAGGCUGGCUUCUACCAAAAUUUGGUAUCAUCUAAGAGAUCAUCAACAUCAUCAUUAUGGCGAGUUCUGAGAGGGAUUGGAGCCAGCAAAGAGAGGUAG